CUGAGGAGAAUGGCUACAGAGAACUCCUCGGUGACAGAGUUCAUCCUUACAGGCUUAACGGAUCAGCCAGGACUCCAGCUUCCUCUCUUCUUCCUGUUUCUAGGCUUCUAUGCUGUCACUGUGGUGGGGAAUCUGGGCUUGAUAAUGCUGAUUAGUGUGAACUCUAACCUGCAUAUUCCCAUGUACUUCUUCCUUUUCAAUUUGUCCUUCAUAGAUUUCAGUUACUCCACUACUCUCACCCCUAAAAUGCUGAUGGGUUUUGUGUCUGAAAAAAAUGUCAUUUCCUUUGGGGGAUGUAUGACUCAAUUUUUUUUCUUCUGCUUCUUUGUCUUUUCUGAAUCUUAUAUUCUAUCUGCAAUGGCAUAUGACCGCUAUGUUGCUAUUUGUAAGCCAUUGUUGUACACAGUAAUUAUGUCUCCCCAGGUAUGUUUGCUUCUUCUGUUGGGGGUGUAUGGGAUGGGUGUUUUUGGAGCUGUGGCCCAUAUGGGAAACCUAAUGUUUAUGAACUUUUGUACCAACAACCUCAUUAAUCAUUACAUGUGUGACAUAAUUCCCCUCCUUGAGCUGUCUUGCAAUAGUUCUUAUAUAAAUUUGCUGUUGGUAUUUAUUAUUGUGACCAUUGGCAUUGGGAUACCCAUUGUUACCAUAUUUAUAUCUUAUGGGUUUAUUCUUUCUAACAUUCUGAACAUCAGUUCCACUGAAGGCAGAUCCAAAGCCUUCAGUACCUGUAGUUCCCACAUAAUUGUGGUGUCUCUAUUUUUUGGAUCAGGAGCUUUUAUGUACCUUAAACCACCUUCAAUUUUACCCUUGGAUCAGGGAAAAGUGUCUUCUGUCUUCUAUACUGCAGUAGUGCCCAUGUUGAACCCAUUAAUCUAUAGCUUGAGGAAUAGGGAUGUCAAAAUUGCCCUGACAAAAACCUUGAAUAGAAAAUUUUUCCUUGAAAGUGUUUGA